CGAGAGAGAGAGAGACUGAGAAAGAGAGAAGGGGGAUCCAGAAAACAGAGCAGCUCAGAGAGCAAAAAAGCAUCCCUAACAGACAGACAGACAAACACACACUCUCACUCUCACAUACAGACACACGCGCGCACUCCGGCUCCCACGCAAGCCCCCUCGAGCAGACGCAGACGCAGCCGGAGCGAGUCGAGGACGCCGUGGGAGAAAAUCCUAAACCUCAGACGCCACAGCAGCUGCAGCAGCAAGGCGCCUACACCUCCACAGAUGGGGCCUGGAUUGUUCUGGAACUUCCCUUCAAAGGCUAGCUGCACAGUUCAUCAGAACCUGCUGCAGAACAUGUUGCUCUCCAGGAUGGCUGCGAUGAAGGAGCAACAGUUCACUGAAGAGAAACCCCUGUUGCCCGAGCAACGAGGACAGGACACAGAGAUGCGGCGGAGCAGUGCCGCAGGAGCAUUUUUUGUGAAUGCGCUGCCCUGUGCGAUGCCCCCCACUUGCCCCCCCUGCUCCAGCCGACCUCGCCAACGUUGGCAUAGGAUGGCACAUCAGUGGCUUCACGUCACCCGGCAUGGGACCAGCCAGUGCCCGGACAACUGCGAGACUAUGACGGUUGUUGGCGACUGGAAGGAGCAUGAUGUUGAGACACCUUAUGGGAUGCUCCAUGUGGUGAUAAGAGGGGCCCCCAAAGGAAACAAGCCAGCCAUCCUCACAUACCAUGACGUUGGACUCAACCAUAAGCUGUGCUUCAACCCUUUCUUCCAGAAUGAGGACAUGCAGGAGAUCACUAAGCACUUUGUGGUGUGCCAUGUGGAUGCUCCAGGACAGCAGAUAGGAGCAUCUUCAUUCCCACAAGGGUACCAGUACCCCACCAUGGACCAGCUGGCUAGCAUGCUGCCCACUGUCCUGCAGCAUUUUGGAUUUAAGAGCAUUGUGGGAAUUGGAGUUGGAGCUGGCGCCUACAUCCUGGCCAAAUUUGCAUUGCUUUUCCCAGACAUGGUGGAGGGGCUUGUCCUGCUCAACAUUGACCCUAAUGGGAAGGGCUGGAUUGACUGGGCAGCAACCAAGCUGUCUGGCCUCACCAGUGCCCUGCCAGAAACAGUCCUGCCCCAUCUCUUCAGCCAGGAGGAACUCAUGAACAACACUGAGCUGGUUCAGAACUACAGACAGCAGAUUAACACCAUUAACCAGUUUAACCUGCAGCUAUUCUGGAACAUGUACAACGGCCGUAGGGACCUUGAAAUGAACCGCAUUGGGUCAGUGCUGAAUGCCAAAACACUGAGGUGCACAGUCAUGCUGGUUGUUGGGGACAAUGCUCCAGCAGAAGAGGGUGUGGUCGAGUGUAACUCUAAGCUGGAUCCAACCAAGACUACCUUCCUUAAGAUGGCCGAUUCAGGUGGACUUCCACAGCUCACCCAGCCUGGAAAACUGUCUGAGGCAUUCAAGUACUUCCUUCAGGGGAUGGGAUACAUUGCAUAUGUAAAGGAUCGCAGGUUGAGUGUGGGGCCAGUGCCCUCAGCGAGUAUGACCCGUCUGGCCCGCUCUCGGACGGCGUCGCUGACCAGCGGCAGCUCCCUGGAUGCCUCACACUCGCGCGCCUGCACCCAGUCGGACAGUAGUGACGGGGUGGGCCAGCUCAGCCACACCAUGGAGGUCUCCUGCUAAACGUGCUCAGAGGGCAGAGAGAGAGAGAGGAGGACAGGGAGCAGAGAGAAGGAGGAGAGAAAAUGAGAGUAGGAGGAGAGUCUGGAGAGAAGCAGGGGAAGAGGAAGAGAGAAAAAUGAAGAGACAGAGAGGGAGAGGAGAGAAAGAGAGAGAAAGAGAUAAAAAGUGGGACGAGAGAUGGGUAGAGAGAUAUGAUAGAUAUGGGGAGGGGUAUGGGUUGUGCUGGCUACAUUGCUUGGUCACUCUCUAUCUCUGACAGUUUUUCUCCUCUUCUUCUCCCUCUCUUUGAUUAACUUAGUUCCAUCAAUCCACCUCCAUCCAUCUCUGUAAAGUAGAUAAAACCCUUCCUUUCCCCCUUCUUUAGACAAAAACUUUGAAUUUUGCAAUACCACCUGCUUUCAUUUUUGUCUUUCUUUUGUCUGUGAGAUUGUGAGUAUAACCACCUACUGGCCCCACCAAACACCCACUGCCAAACCACACACACAUACACACGCACUCACACACUACCAAUACACACACACACCAGACACACACACACACACCAACACAUAGUUGUCCCAUGCAGAGCGUUUCUAAGGGCUUAGAGGGGUGGUACAGAUGUUGAGCUCAUAACCCAAAGACCAGGAGGAGAUUGGCUGGUAGUGAGCUGCUACAGAAUAAAGUACACACAGACCCUCUACACGCUGACACUUCACUGAAGGGCUUGAGGCCCUGAGAGACCUGAAGCUAUAACCGAGUUCAGGCACCAGGAAGUGGGCAUUCGGGCAGAGAAAAACACCUCUGGGUGGUCUGUCCAUCCAGCAGACAGACCUCACAGUGGACAUUAGGACAGAGAGAUGAUCUGAGUGUAGAGUCAAGCAGGGUCAUGAGGAGUUGGCUCUAUCCCUGGGCCUGCAGAGUUCUCCCACUCACCCAAAAGUAUCAGAACGAACCAGGUACCUUAGAGGUCAUAAUGAACUAGGUACCUUAAUCACAGCCGAGUUUACACCCAGCCUAGCCCGUGAACAAUAUUACCAGCAGCCUAGCACAACACAUCCCAGCUACAAUUCAUCUAUAGCCCAGCCCAGCCCAGCCCAGCCACAGCCCAGCUCAAGCCAAAGCAUGUCCUCUCCUCCUAGAUCCUACAUUAUGUUUAUACCAAAGCUACAAACACACACACACACACACACACACACACACACACACACACACACACACACACACACACACACACACACACACACACACACACACAGACAAACACUUUCACGUACACACACAGAAACAGACAGGUCUACUAUGAGACCACAUGUUGCGGACUGAGAAUCAGCCCUCUUGGGGACAGCAGACAUGCAGACAGAUGCACAUACAGGCCGACACGUACAAACACAUUCUGGGGCUAAUGUGGCUAACAUUAGUCUGACUCACUAUACGGUCCAUGGGGUGGUCCCCAUCACACACAGGUACAGGUAGAGAUCAGACAUCCGCCAAGAGGAGGAGACAGCAACUAACAUUGGGAUGGGAUAUGGCCCUGCUCUGUUGAGAUGGAGGGAAGCUUUUCCAUGUCUGUCUAUAAGUGGCGGGGCUAUCUGGAGCUAGCUGCUCCAAGCUCAGAAUGUAGGGUAACGCCCGCCCUCAAACCACCCUCCCUCAUACAACGUGGUGCCCCGCCACUCACAGAUAUUCCAAGUAGCCCCCCCCCCCCACUUACCAUGUGGCCGUGAAACCCCAUACAACAUGAAGCUCUACAGUUACACACAACACUAAACUCUAAACUCUACACUCUUCAUUACACAGUACCAGCCUCUACACAGACAUGCUCCUAGACUCCUAUGACAGGGUGCCCAGUGUUCACAGACAUGGCCUUAAACUCAUCUCAUUUGGUGCCCAGUCCUAAGUCUCCUCUCUUUUCCCAAAAAGCUGCUGCUGCUGCAUCCACAUAUGUGCUAAACACAAACACAAAAAUCCACAGUAGUUGAAAUGGGACUAGAACGGGAGAAGAGUCUGGCACUUUAUGAGUAUGAGAACCCACACAAGUAUGAACAACAUGAGAAUAGGAAACAGUUGACCAUGUCAGACGUGCUUUACUGCAGAUAGUGAGGUGAAAGAGAGGAAAUAGAGGAACAAACAACUGUCUUUGUGUGAGUGUGUGUGUGUGUUUGUGUGUGUGAGUGAAUACGUGCAAGUUAGGAAUACAUCCUCAGAGAAAGAUAUUGUCAGAACAGUGUCACUAGUUAUUUACACAGGCUGACCACCUCUUUGCAAAGAACUUGGGACACACACAUACACACUCACAUACACAUGUGUAAACACAUACACAAGCUCUCUCUACCCUCUUCUCUCUUACAUAUAAAUAUAUAAUAUUUAAAAUGUAUUUGACUCAUCCACUCCUUGCUUUCGUUUGCAUGAUCUGUUAGUCAUGAUGGUACAAGCCUGUGCAAUUGUCUUACCUCCGUGUGACGUAGAGAAUAUUUUGCCUGUGGCUCCUGAAUGUACUAGCUUUGAAAGCGCUGUACAGUCCCUAACCGUCCUCCACUCCUGCCCAGAGCUCCCUACUCUCUAGGUCCCUUGUUGUUUUGUUUCAUUUAACUCUUUCGUUCCCCAGACAGCACCUCUGCUGUCCAUCUCUGGUUGAGACCCGGUCCUAAUCUGGAGCUGAGGCCUCAUCCCGGCCAAGGCUCCAGCUCCACGUGUGUCAUAGCAAUGGAGCACCACUCCAUUCUUAAAAUGAGUUCUCCUCUUUUUAUAUUUCUAAUUAGUAUCUCGUCUCUGGUCGUUUAGGGGCUCUUGAUGUUUUAUUGAUAUUCAUAAUAAUACUAUUAUCAUUACUACUUUUAGCAUAACUACAUUUGUAAUGAGAAAUACGUUGUGUUAAUGGACUGACUGAUUUGUAGUUGGAGUCUGCCUGCCCUGACAGGAGCUGACUCAAGGUAUAAAUCAACUCCUUUCUGGGUGAGUCCACACCGAAGUCAUGACAGCAGGAACAGAGUCCUGUCUGCCUCUUCAUAGCUACAGCGUUAAUGGAAUAUGUACAGGAUAUCUAUACAGAAACUGUCACUUUGUGUUCCAAAUAUGAAGCAAAUAAAGAAUUAUAGAAAGCC